UACUCGCCUACGGCUGCUACUGCAAUGGGCAGCUCCGUAGCUCAUGGCUCGAGGACGUUACGUGCGCUCACAUGGACAGCAGGACGCCGUAGAAGUAUCCCACUCAGGCCUCGAUCUACUGGCUUGCUCGAAGAACGGCUUCUACCACCUCUACCGAGUCGGCCACAGGCAGGUGUCCAAGGACAGCGGUAUUUCGCUUAUCCUCCCACGCAAGCUCUCUGGAAGUCGCCGAUCUCACAAUACGUCUCACGAAAUCCGAGCAAAGGGAAGGAGAAGGAAGAGAAAGCCACAGAAGAGGCAAAGAUUGGUUUGACGCUUGAAAUCUCGCAGCAAGAUCUGGCAGACUUCCGAACAGCAGGAGAACUUCUCAAAGCUCGAAUGCCAAAAGCGUAUCCUAACUUCUUUGCAGCAAUACCUAAAGACGGCCAGGACCAGCUGGGCCUUGCAAUCUCUCUCUCCGAACCUCUUCCCUCCGAUGCUACAGCUGCAAUUUUCGUUCCUUUUAACUCCGAGCACGCAGCCGGCCGACAAGCGUUCUGGUAUACUUCUGCUUAUCUGCUUGGAGCAGCGCUGGUCCAAUUACAUGGAGCGGAUAGGUGUUUGCUAGCCGGAUCGCCGAGGUUGCUUGAGUCUGGUGCAGGCGGAAGCGGCUUCUCUUAUGAGCAUCUACUGAGACCACCCGAGCACGCACCAGAACCUGCACUGACUUCUUAUGCCGAAUCGGUCGAAGCAGUGGGUCGUCUUGUUGCGUCGCAGACCCUUCAGCCUACACCCAUCUCCACAGAGGACAUUGCUCAGCUGGAAAGCAUCAUCGCCAAGAUGGUCUCCCAGAAUAUGCCCAUCCGGAAGGAAUUCGUGAGAAAAUCUGAAGCAAUCGAGUUUUUUAAGAGCAACCCUUUCAAGAUCGAGAGGGUGCUAGCUUUUCCAAACGAUAAUGUUGAAGUGAUACGCCUCGGGGACAGCUUUGUCGAUAUCGCGCCACAGGGCCCGGUGCUGCCUGACACCGGCGCUGUCAAAGCGCUCAAAGUGACAGAGUGGUCGACAGCGACCUUUAUACCCACCGAUCCCUCUCACCCAGCUACAUCUCUGCCAACAUCACAACAUCUACAGUCACUACGCGGGAUCUCAUUUUCGAACGACAAGCUUCUUAAAGCUCAUCUGCAGGCGAUUGAGAAGGCAGCGGCAUCGUCCCAUCACGCGAUCGGCAAAGCCCAGCACCUCUUCCUCACUCAUCAGUCCUCUCCAGGAAUCCCCUUCAUGCUGCCGCACGGUGUUCGUUUGGCCCGCAAGAUGGAGAGGGUGAUACGUGAUCUGUAUGAUGUCCACGAGUACGACGAAGUCAUCAGCCCACAGCUGUAUAAGAAGGACUUGUGGGUCCGAAGUGGACAUUGGCAGAACUACCGUGAUGACAUGUUCAGCGUCGAAGGCUUCAAGGAGAAGGACAUGAGGGAGGAAGAACUGGCUCGAAAGACAUCAAGUGAGCGCGAUGGGUGCUGCUCUGCUCACUCCAGCUCUACAGCUGUGGACGAAGCUUUUGGUCUUAAGCCCAUGAAUUGCCCAGGCCAUUGCAUCAUCUUCGCCUCGCAGCCUCGAACGCUCAAGGACCUUCCCAUUCGAUUUGCAGAGUGGUCGCCUCUCCACCGCAACGAGUCUUCUGGGUCCCUUUCUGGUCUGACGAGGGUCCGACGCUUCCACCAAGAUGACGCGCACGUAUUUUGCGCUCAGUCACAAGUGGCCUCCGAGAUCAGUACAAUGCUGCACAUGCUAUCAGAAGCGUACAACGUCUUUGGCUUCCCCCGCUUUGAGCUAGUGCUCUCGACUCGUCCCGCCAACUUCAUCGGGAGUAUCGAGGAGUGGGAUCGAGCAGAGCAAGGAUUGAAGGAUGCGCUGGACGGCACUGGUCUCAAAUGGGAGCUGAACGAAGCAGACGGAGCCUUCUACGGUCCAAAGAUCGACGUUAGACUGGUCGACAUCUUCGGCCGCAAACACCAGACAGCAACAAUUCAGCUCGACUUCCAGCUGCCACAACGCUUCGACCUCUCUUACGAAGAUGUCACUGAGCAGCCAUCAGGCCGCGCUCGUCCUGUGAUGAUCCACCGCGCAAUUCUGGGAAGCGUGGAGAGGUUUAUGGCUAUCUUGAUCGAGUCGAGGGGCAAUCACUGGCCCUUCUGGAUCAGCCCACGACAGGCUCUAGUCGUGCCUGUGACAGAUACGGAAGAGCUGAGCGCAUACGCCCGCAAAGUGCAGAGGUACCUUUCCCUUGGUAUCUCUGCUGAAAGUGGUGGAUCCUCUGGUGCUGAAGUGGGGCCGCGACCUACCCAGGCUUUCCAUGUAGAUGUGGACCGCUCCACUGAUACCCUCGGCAAGCGCAUUCGGAAGGCACAAGUGGCACGAUACAACUUCACGCUCGUCGUCGGUGAGCAGGAAGCCCGCAACGGGACAGUGCGCGUGCGACUCCGUGGGGGCGGCGAAGCUGGUGCGGAAGGUGGGCAGCAGGAAGAUCAGGGCAGAGUGCAGAGGUUGAAGACGGCAGUUGGGGACGCUGUAGAGUGGAAACAGGACAUGGGCGAGUGGAAGCUGGAAGGUCUCAGGGAGCUCUUCUGCAAGCUCGACAGCUGGCAUUUGUAGGGCCGGAAUAACGAUGCAGGCGUCAUUGGCCAGAAGCGAAUGAAUGUACGCGAAUCAGAUGAACACCCCAGAUGAAGCUAUUGUACAUGCAU